CGGGUCCGAAAGUGAUUCUGGGGGAAUCGAUUCCCCAUACAAAGUGGGCCACUCUGACGCACCUUUAUUUUCUUCUAUCUCACCCAUUUCUACAGAACCUGUUCCUACUUUCUACAGCACUCCAAGAAAUCACAGAUCAUAGAUCACAUACACGCCAUGCGGGAGCCUGCCACAGUAUUAUGGGGUCUAAGCAUUAGCGAUGCCGACUUCAAGAAGCUCAAAGCCGGUUUUAGAUCUUCGGAUAUGAAUGACAAAUGGAACAUCUUAGCUAUGGAUCAGAGCCAGAGUGACAACAUCCCCAUCCACUUCUCUCGAAGCUGGACGGGCAUCGAACACCACAUACUUUAUAUAAAGCCAAGCGAUGGUGGCAGCAGCAGUGGUGCGAAGAUCGAAGCUAUCACCUGGGAACAGAGACGGAAUGGAAUUCACAUCUUAGAGGAGUAUGCUAAGAAGGAAGCAGUGAUUCUAGCGAGAGUCAAGCUAGAUUGCGAUUUUGAGGCGCUUCCAAUAUAUCACCCCUCGGAUCUGUGAAAUCAUCCUGCUGCUAAGAUAGGCAUCAACUUGUCAAUAAACACUGCUUCAUGCGACCUUUUUGAAGUCCCUGUAGGGGUUCAACCGUUAAGACUCUGAUAGAACUACCUACUAGGUAUGUACCUCCAAGGCUUCCUGCGGUAGUGGACAGGGCAGCAAGCAGACAACUACAACACCACCAGAGCACUUCUCUGGCAUCUCUCGAUUUUCAGAAGGAACAGUCGAUUGCUCCCUUCUUUCCAU